CCUACUUCUCUUUAGAUCGAUUAACGUAGAUACGUUAUCCGCUGUUCUAUUUUUGGUGUAUUUAUUUUGAAUUUCUAAUAUUAUUUAUUAAUAUGCCUAGCAGACAUGUCAUCCUUAAACAAGUACCAAAAGGGACUGUAAUUCAUGAAGAGAAGCCUUUUAUACAUGUUCUUCAAUCAGAUUUAAGAGCUAUAAGAUGUGAUCAUUGUUAUUUGAAAACUGAAUUGCUAAGGUGCUCUGGUUGUGCUUAUGUAAGAUAUUGUGAUAUUUCUUGUCAGAAAGCUGAAUGGCCAGAUCACAAGAAAGAGUGUUCUCGAAUCAGAAACAUUCCCCCCAGCUUGGAAUUACCUAAUGCAGCUCGCCUCCUUGCAAAAAUAAUUAUUAAGCUUAAGAGAGGUGGUGAUGCUGAAAAGGGUAUAUAUGGGAAACAGAGCUUUCGGAUGUUCAAAGAUCUUAUGUCUCAUUAUCCUGAUAUUAAAUCAGAUUCAAAACGCGUUGAACAUGCCACUUCUCUUUAUGGUGUCUUGAUAGAUUUUUUAGGAAAAGAUAAUCUACCCAAUUUUCCCGAGUUCUUGGGAAUUUAUGGCCGAAUGAUUGUGAAUGGAUUUAGUAUCCUCGAUGGUGAGAUGACUACUUUAGGAACUGGUAUUUAUCUUGGUGCCUCGACGAUUGAUCAUUCUUGCACUCCCAAUUCUGUUGCUGUAUUUUCUGGAACAACUUUAUCAAUCAGAACAAUUGAAGAUAUAUCUGAAUAUGAUUGGUCAAAGGUAAGGAUAUCAUAUGUUGAUGGACUUAGCAAAAGAGAAGAAAGGCAGGCUGAAUUAUGGUCAACAUAUUAUUUCAUUUGCGAUUGUAAACGGUGUUCAGAGGAAGAAAAUAUUGAAACUGUAGCUGUUUGUCAAGCAUGUAAUAGUGUUGUUUAUUCAAAUCAGAUGGUUUGUAGUAAAUGUAAUUGGAAAGCACCUGAUGCUUUUAUUGAAAAAUAUAAAGAGGCCAUCGAAUUUUGUAAUUUACAGCACCAAGAGAUGAAAAAUGUAGCAUAUCUAGAUGCUUGUAAGUUGUGUCUGAAAAAAGAGGAAGGAGUGAUACAUCCUGAUAGUUUGGUCCAUGCUAAAACAUUAGAUCUUGCAUUUGAAGCUGCAAUACAACUUAAUUCUUGGGAACUAGCUAUGAAACUUGGAUAUGAACUGAUUCCAGCCUAUAGGAAGUUUUAUGGAGAAUGGCAUCCUCUGUCAGGACUUCAUCUCAUGAAGUUAGGGAAAAUACUUCUUUAUCUUGGAAAUGCAAACUACCUUGAAAUUCUUGAACAAGCUGAAAAAAUCAUGCGUGUCAUCUAUGGUACUCGGCAUCAGGCUUAUAGGCAUAUGCUAGAACCUCUUCUUUUACAAGCCCGAGGUCUUUCGGGGCGUAUUGCUGGUUAGGCCAGAAAUUGUGAACAAUCGGAUACUUCAAUUAUCAGGGUAAAAAGUUGAAGCGAAAGGCGUAAGGAUGUGUCAUCAAGCCUGGUAGAAGAAAUAAUUUGUAAGAUCUAUAAUUGGUCAUAUUUUAGAGGCUAUUGCUAUUGCGUCAUACACAUACUAAAGCAGUCAUGGUGGAUGAUCGGCAUAGGAUGUUGCCUAGUCACAAUUUUGUGAAACUUGUUAUUCCUUUGUAUUUUUAUUCAAACGUUUAUUUAUAAACAUUGAAAAGUCUCAUCUUCAUUACCUUUAUACUAAUUUAAAGUUUUUAAUUAGAUAAAUGAUGUGUCUAUCUCCUGGCUAUCCUUAUGCCGAGUUGUACAGUACUGUAUUGAAGUUUCAUUACUUAAUUGUUAUGAAUUAAAUAUAUUUCCAGAGGAUAUCACAGAAUUAGUACCAAGAGAAAAGUUUUGAUUUUCUUCCAAGUGCAUUGAAUAUUAUUGUAAUAACCUCAUUAGACUAUGCCUAGUCUGAACAUUUAUCCCAAACACUUUUGGUGUUAGUGAUUAAUUAAAAUUGGAAUUAGCGAUGAAUUAUAGUUUGGUCCAGCAUCUGUAAAGUUGAUUUAAAAAAAUUAAAAUGCUUUAUUUUAUUUUUGAUAAAACAGCAUAAGUGUUGGGGAUUAAGUGUCAAGAAUCAUUGUAAUCUGAGAAUCAUGAUGAUUAUUAAUUUUUUAGUAUCCAUCAAAAUGAAAGAUUUUUUGAAAAAUUUAUGCCAAAUUAGAGGAAAUAUUUUUUUUUUUUUGUGUCUCUUGGGGAACUCUGGAACAAGAGUUAGAUUAAGCAAGUAAUGGACUAACUGGCUCUAAUCUCCUAAAAUAUCUUAAAAGCUCUUAUCUCUUAAAAUCAUUUAGAAAAUUACGAAAGUUUCAUUAAAGUUACAUAUAAUGAUUGAAUGGUUUAUUAUUAUUAUUAUUAUUUUUAGGGUUCCACAAUAUUUACGCUCAUGAUCCUCACUUGUCCUAAUCUCCAUUCCUACCUUUUUACAUAUAUUUAUAUGUUAUUUCUCCAGAUUCUGUGCUGAAAUUUCAUGGAAUAUCUUCAGUCAAACACAUGCAACCUCCUGGAUUUUGGCCCUGCAAUCUUGUAUUGUCUUUUUAA